UGAGUAAUCCAGGACAUGCCUCUGCGGUCACGUAAUUGGAUGGCGCCAGCCGUAGAGCUCGAGGGCGAGCGGCGCUGGACGGCGGCAGUCGGCGUCGAGAAACCUAUCGCGAUGGGAGACAACGUCAGCAAGGAGGAACUCGGGGGCGACCUGGCGGGGGCGCAGCGGGACAACGGGUUCGAGAAUGAAGACGAGGAGGAGGACCUUAGUUCGGAGGAGGCUGACGAGGAGGCGCACGAUCACGAAGCCUCCGCCUCAUCGGAGGACACCCAGCCGGCCUUGCCCUACCCCGGCGUCGCCAGUGGGAAGGGGAGUGAGAGGGAAGCGGCGGGGAAGGAAAGUAGCGCCUCCGGAUCAGACAGAAGCGAUUCCGAAAGUGAGGAAGACGGAAGUGCGUUCGGCGAAGAGGGCCGUUCGGCGGGCAGUGAAAGGGCUGCUUCGAAAGAGUCGGACGACGACGCAGAGACGGUUGAGAAGGAAAUUCGUUCCUCGGAGACUGUUAGCGAUGUGAACGGAAAUUCCACAGACGCCGAGGAUGAUGGACAAAUAACAGAGGUUAGAAAAGCAAUAUCGCAAAUCCAUGAAUCCAAACGCAAGCAUGAAGAUUAUGAGAGUAGUGACAAAAAAGAGGUUGUGUCCGAAUCAGUCGCAGAGCCGAUAGAAACAGUAGAGGAGGAGCACAGUAGCCCAAAAGGAGAAGAAAUGGCAGAUAUAUCAGAUAACACUGCACCUGAUUUACUAGAAUCGGCGCACAAAGAGGAAGAUGGGUCGGAAACUGUCGAGGGAAAAGGCGAAAAGGAAGGUGGUUCGCGCAAUGUUCAAGAGAGAGCCGGAGAGGCAGCCGUGUCGGAAUGCGGGUUUUCUGAUUCAGCGAUGAAACACUUGACCGCGGAGGUCGAGCCAGACGGAGACGCCGUCCUGAUUGCACAUGCACACAAAGAGAGUGCAGAGCCUCCUGAAGGGGCAGGUACUUUUACUCUGCAAGUGGAGGGUUUCGGGCGUGAAAGACAGAACUCCUUCGUCGAAGAGACUGUCGAAGAAGUUAUCAGGAAAAGCCUAGAGAGUGUUAGCGCUUUAGAAAUCGUUAAGAUAGAGCCAGAUCUUUCUCUUGUGACGGCUCAUGCUUCCGGAGGCGCUGUUGUUGAGGGCAAAGACGUAGAGGUGAAGGGUACCAGCAGGUCGGGGGAAACUGCUGAGGAAACGGAGGGAUUUGCACACGUCGGGGCGCUGGCGAACAUCAGAAAGGAGUCACCGGCAGGGAAAGAAGAAUCUGGCGGGCAAGAGCAUGGUAAAUCAAAGCAGGAAGAAGCUGCAGGUCCUGAGGCCGAUACAGUUGCAAAUGCGGAUGCUGGAAAGUGUCCAGAAAUAACAGUGGAGGGCAUUGGCUCCUCGCCAAAAAUGGGAGGUGAUCUCGAGACUUUCCUGGUUCAUGCAGACAUGUGCGAGUCAGUUUAUUACGACCGGAACGAAGCUGAGCCAGAAACUUGUCCUGAACCGGUCACUUCCUCAGUUGCAGACACCGCGGAGCGCCAGAAAGAAGCACUUGUGUCAGACGCCAUGGAAACCGUAACGCAGACACCACAAGCUGAGGGGACGUCGAGAGCAGCAGGGGCUGAAGAUGGGCAGCAGGCGCCGGGCAUCGAGAUCAGUCCACCCCCGGAUGUGGAAGUUUCGAGUGUCAUUGCGUCCAGUGAUUUAGAACAGGAAAGGGAUGAAGUGGAGGACGGCUUCUGUGGUGACAGUGCUGGCUCUUCAAAGGACACGGUGGAGGAGGCCGAAGCAGACACGGUCUCGGAUGUAAAGAAAGAACAGCCUGAGGACGUCACGGUCGAUGAAAGUGAUGAGGCAGGGACUUCUGAAAGCGUUUCAUAUACUGAAGGUGAAGCAGAAUUGUCCGUUGCAAGUGAUAUUGAAUCGCGAAGCGCCAUGAGCGAGGUAGAGGGGGUAAACAGUUCUACUUCCGAAAGUGGUAUUGAUAAAGCAGAGGUUGAAACAGGCGAAUCUGAAGCUCAGUUCCCUGCAACAAACGUAACUGUCACUGAGACGGUUGAAGCCGAAGCAGUUGUUGUUAAAGUCAUUACAGCAGAAAGUGCUGACGGCGUUUCAGAGGAGCGUGCAACAAAAUCUGCAGCUGAAGUUACUGACGAUGAAUCGGGCAUGCAAGUGAUAGAAAAAAGCCGGGUUUCCGAAAAUGAAGCUAAGACAGUAGUUAUCACUGAGAGUGACGAAAGUGCAAUACAAAAAUGUGUAUCCACAGAAAGCAAUGAAGAUGAUUCCGAAUUGAGUGUAUCAGAUACUACAAUAGAUGGCGUGGUAAGCGAAGCAGAAGUGUCAGCUAUACUUGAAAGUGCCCAGGGAGAAACAGAAAAGCUGGAUACAACAGAAAGUACUGAGGAAGAAACUGAACUCUCUAUUACGACAGAGGAAAAAACCGAUGAGCAAGUCUUAGCAGAGGUCCUUGAGAGCAGAGCCGAAGACGCUGCCGCAUCAGAAAGUAUCGAGGAUGAAGCAGAGCCUUCUACAACAGCAAGUAGUGAGGCUGCUUCACCUGCGGGCACAGAAGUGCGUGAGGAAGAAACAGAACUGUUAGUUACAACAGAACGUACGGACAAACAAAUACCUGUAGGGGAUGAAGAUGAAUUAUCUGGCGCAACAGACAGUGUCGGAGAAGAAACGAAGGAAUCUGUUAAUUUACAAAAAGAAAACGCAGUUGCCAUAGAAAUUAGUAAGACUGAAUCAGAAACGCCCGGUCCGUCAGAUAGUACUCUAAUAGAAAAGACAGAGGACGACAGUGAAGUACAAGAGACUGAUGUUACAGAAGAGGUGACAGAGGACGAGUGCGAGAGUGUGACAGACGUUACAACAAAAAGCACUGAUGAUGAGAUAGAAGUCCCAAUUAAAACAGAGAGCACUCAAGAAGAAAUUUCUCCGGAAAUCGUGAACGAGGAAGCAGAGGCGCCUGUACCUGGAGAAACAGAACAAUUUUUAUCAGAAGUUCCCAUGUUGAAGGAAACGAUUGAGAGUGAAACGGGAGCACAAGUCACAGCAGAAGGCACGGAAGAAAAAGCAGAAUUACUUGUAACAGAAAUCAGGAGUUUGGGAAAUAAUGAAGAGAACGUUCCGUUAGAGGACUCUGUUACGGCAAACACCGUCGAGAGUGAGAUACAGGCACAACCUCCCGGGGCGGGCGCUCCGGUAGUUGAAGUAUCUGUUGAAGAGAACGAGGAGGAUGUGUCAACAGAGGAGCUUCUUUCAUCCGGAAGUAUUAGGAGUGAAUUGGGAGGAACGACGAGAACAGAAGGUACGGAAGAAGAAUCGGUUACAACAGAAAGUUAUGAGGAAAUAGAAAAAGAGAUCCCGUGUGUAACAGAUGUUGAGAAGGGUGUCCCGCGUGAAACGGAUAGCGUGCAGGAUGAAACAGAAGUCCCUGCAGGAUACGUCAGGGAAAUCCCUGAAAUAAUUGUUGAAUUAGAAAGUACCGAGGAAUCGUCAGAAAUUUCUGCCCAGACUAGUACUGAGGAUUCAUCAGAAAUUUCUCGUGCAUCAGAGAGCGGCGAGGAAGUAUCAGAAACAUCUGUUGCAACGGAAAGUGCAGAGGAUGUUUCAGAAAUAUCGGUUGCUACAGAAAGUGCAGAGGAUGUAUCAGAAAUAUCUGUUGCAACGGAAAGUGCAGAAAUAUUUGUUGCAACAGAAAGUGCAGGGGAGGUAUCAGAAAUAUCUGUCACUACAGACAGCGCUGAGGAAGUUUCAGAACUCUCAGGACCAUCAGAAAGCGCCGAAGAAACGUCAGAAAUGUCUGUAGUAUCAGAAAGCCUCGAAGGAAUAUCAGAAUUGUCAGUUAUAUUAGAAAGCACCGAGGAGCCUUCGGAAGUGUCUCAGGCAGCGGAGAGUGUCGAAGGAACGACAGAGGCCUCAGUUGCAGAUGCAACAAAGAGCGUCGAAGGAAUGGUAGAGGCCUCCGUUGCACCAGAAAGCAUCGAGGAGACAGCAGCUGCAACAGAGAGCGCCAAGGUCGUGCUAGAGAGCAAAGAGCAUGAGGCUGAGGUGUGUGCGACAGGGAAGGGUGCCGAGGGAGAGUCAGAAUUACCUGUUGCAGCCGAAGGAAUUUGUGAGCAGGGGGAGGAAAAAUCGCGGUCGGAAGUCGGGGAUCAAGUCCAUGCGAAAGCGUCGUUACCCAGCGUUGAUGCAGCAUUGGCAGAAUUGGACAGCAUCCCAGACGGAGUUUGUGAGGCAGGAGACGUAGAAGAGGAGGAAGAGGACGAGGAGGAGUGGUCAUACUUCCGCAUGGAGCCACAGACACAGCCACAGGGUGAAGAUGUUCUUGUUCCUGGUGGUCCAACAGCUCCUGUAGCUGCUCCUAGUGAAGCCCCUCAGAGUGUUGAUGCAGUGAUUGAUGGUGAGGGCAUUGUAGCAGUAGCCCCGAAGUCACCAUCUCAUGAAGAUUUGCUCACCAGUCCUAUGGAAGCUGCCCCUCAGGACCAGGUCAUAGGAGAGGUGUAUUCAGAGAAAAUUCCUUCUCCACAAGAGGCUGAUCAACCACCUGUUAUGGAAAAUCCCCCUGAUAUUCUUCAAGCUGGUGUAGAUGAGGGAACAUUUGGGUUUGAAAGCUCUGCAAGGACUCUCGAUCUGAUGCAAACCUCUAUGGACAAAGUUCCAGAUCUGAUGGAAGGUAACUUCGAGCAGCCAUCCAGUCCUCAUGGUUCAGUGAGUCCUCGUGUCCCUGGAAGCCCAAGGUCUGUUGAAGGUUUUGUAACAUCUGUCGAACUCAACACACCUGAGGAGAACUUCGGCACAAACUUUGCCAUCAACCAAAAUCAGGACUCACUUACAAGUGCAAUGGAGCAGCCAUCGGGUCCAUUCAGUGUGUAUGUAAGCUCCUCACCUGAGCCUAGCAGCUUGGAGCCUUCACUGCAAGCACCUGUAGACCUUGUGAACUUCAGUGGUGUUGCAAAUGGACAGGUUGAGGAAGAAUCCUCUCAGGUGGCCCAGGACUCACCUGUAGAAAUUGUCCAUGCGCAGUCAACUGUUGAGGUGGUUGCACCUCCAUCCCCAGUUGAUAUUGCUGGUCCUGAAACACAGUUCAUCAUUCCUGAACAUGAGACAGGUCAGGCAAAUACAGAUAUGCAGCAGCCAUCAGAUAUUACCUUUGUGCCAGAAAAAGCUGUGGAACCAGUGGCAGAGGUACCUGUGUCAGUGUUUGUUGAUGAAAGCACUCCUGUUUCUGAGCCAGACACUGCAGAUCUCCUUGGACAGGAAGUUGUUUCUCCUACUGUAGAAUCACCACUAACCCCAGUGGAGUCCUCACCUGCCCCAGUUGAAGAACUUAUCAGUCCAGUUGAGUAUACCCCGGCGCAAGAAGAGCCCACACCUGCUCCAGUCGAGCCUACACCUGCUCCAGUCGAGCCUACACCUGCUCCAGUCGAGCCCACACCUGUUCCAGUUGAACCCACACCUGCUCCAGUCGAGCCUACACCAGCUCCAGUCGAGCCCACACCUGCUCCGGUCGAGCCCACACCUGCUCCGGUCGAGCCCACACCUGCUCCGGUCGAACCCACACCUGCUCCAGUCGAACCCACACCAGCUCCAGUUGAGCCUACACCAGCUCCAGUCGAACCUACACCUGCUCCUGUUGAAUCCACGCCAACUCCAGUUGAAGCUACACCCACAUCAGAGAAAGUGGAAACUCCAGCACCAGCUGCAGCAGUUCCUGCAAAGGCAGCAGUUAAAACUGUUAAAGAAGGAGCUCCUACACCUAAAGCAAGGACUCCUGCUAAAACCACAAAAGCUCCAGCUACAAAAGCCACACCAGACAAGAAGCCAACUCCUGGUAGGGCCACACCAGCCAGACCAACACCUGGAAAAGCCACACCCACUAGGACUCCCAUCUCUAAGACUCCAACUCCCAAAGCUACAGAGAAAACUGCUUCACCAAAGCCUUUACCAAGAGUGGCCCCCACCAAGCCUGCUGCAGAUAAACCCACUGCCACCAAACCAGGAACAGCAAGGCCUGCUUCUGCCAAACCAACUGCCACACGACCAGCAACUGGCACUGCUGGUACUACAAGGCCAACAGCCACCAGGCCACUUGCCAAAAAGCCAGCUGAAAAACCAGCAGCAACCACCAGCACCACCACAAAAGCCCCAGCCACCCGACCAACAACAGGUGCACCCAGGCCAGGUUCUGCACGUCCAGCUCCUGCUGCUAGAACUACCACAACAUCCACUGUUAAGAAGACAGCUCCCACCAAGACUGCAGAUAAGCCUGAUGCUGGUAAACUAGUUAAUGGGUCUGCCACAAGGACAACGACAACUACACGUAGACCUUUAACACAAACAGCAACCAAGACUUCAACCACACGCCCAGCUGCUGAAAAAGAGACCAAGAACACAACAAACCGAAUCCUUUCCACAACUCGACCUGCCUCUAAGCCAGGAACUACUGCCACCACUCGACCCACUGUCAGUAGAACAGCAGCAGCAGCCAGGUCAUCAACAACUGAAAGCAAGACCACGUCACGUGUGGAUGCCACCAAGGCUAGAACAUCUACUACAACAAAAUCUGCUGCAACCAAGACUGCAGGAGUUGCAGUGAAAAAGACCUUGGUCACCAAAACUAAAACUGCUGGAACCAAGACAGCAGCAACUAAAGCAGAAAAAUCUGAAGCAGCAGUCCUAGAGACCAGUGAGCCUGUAGUGAAUGGGGAAAACAAGAUUGCUGAUGAGGAAACUAGCGUAGAAGUGAUUGAGAAGUGUGCUGUAGAAGACAUCAUGAAGGCAUCAUCAGAGAAGGUCAUCACAGAAAGCUCCCAGACCAUGACAACCUCUGAACAAGUGGUAGUGACAACUGAAACCACAGAAGUGAUAGUAAAUGGAGAUCAUUGAGAGAGGUGUUGCUGAAAAAUGCAUAAACAUUUUUGAAAUGUUACAUUUGAGUUACUUUUUUGACAUUUUGCAUUUUCAGUCUUAGGGUCCAAGUGUGUCUUAAUUUGACAAUGUGAGAGAUGUGCUAGUCUGAUUGAUUGCUCCAGUGACAUUGAUAGUCAGGCUUAUGGUGAAGUUCGACUAUAUUUGGAUCCUAGCUUAUGUAUAGUCACCCAAAUGCUAAUAUUAGGAGCUGAUAUUCUUGCUUAACUAAUAAAUGUACAUUACAUGAACGUACAAUGGUAAGGACUGUCUUACUUAUGGUUCCGAAGAGUUUGAUAUAAUCUACCAUUCACAUUAGUUAAGGAAAUCGAUAUUUCUUCUUUAAUUUUUUAUUUAUUUUUUAUUACAUUCUUGAGAGCUGUAACUUUUUGGACUUGAGUGAUGAAACUUGAUUAUGCCUAGGUGCAUUGAUGUCCAUAAUAUUUAGAUCAUAAGAUAUGUAAUUCAUGCAGUUCACAAUAUAUUUCAUUAAAAUAAUACAGAAAAAAAAGAAAGCUUUAAGUUAAAAGUUAAUAUUUGUAAAUAGCCAUCAAAAUAUUAAUGUGAGGUGCUAGUUUUCCCUUGUUGCAUUCCGGUAUUUCCACUGCUUCAGACUUUUGUACUUGGCCCCAUGCCCACUCAGGCUUGUAGCAACAAGUCAAUUAAGGCACCAGUUUUAUAUAUAACUAAUAGUAAUGUAAUUACAGAUACCAUUGUAAAGCUUUUUGUCACUGUGGUUAGGAACAUGGAUGUGAUCAGUGUGGAUACAAGGCAUAUGUUCAAAAAAAAAAAUAUAUAAAGCGGUUGCUGAUUAUGAAGUGCCUUUUUUCCAAGACUUCUCCAUUCCAUAUUGCUAAAUAAACAAUACUUUUCUUUUUUAUAUGGAAUUACAAUUUUUCAAUCCCCAGGCAUUACUUAUUUAUUGAAUGUUGGAAGUGAAACCUCAAAAUUAAGUUUCUUUUCCAAAUUCCGGCAGUUGUUUCUGAAGAAAUUCUCACCAGUGCCCAGUUAAGAGGAAUGUAUAUUUCAUUUGCUUCCUAUAUUAUUGUGAUGUGUCAUUGGUUCCGCACAAGCCUGUGUAAAGUGUAUCAACUAUUGUAUUCAAAUAAGUAAUAAAGGAUAAUAUACAA